AUGACUUGCGUGGCCAAAUUUUACGAGGAUGUCAUUGAGGACGUCAUAAGCGGUGUUAAAGAUGAAUUUGUGGAAGAUGGAGGUGACAUCCAGAUACUUGAGGAACUGAAAAAGCUUUGGAAGUCAAAGCUUGCCGAAACUCAUGUCUUCAACCCGGAACCGGCUACAGGAAGUGCGGCACAGUAUUUGAACCUUUUGCAGCGUUCACAAGUCCAAAUUCAUCCAAACGUUAGUUCUGGGACUUCCUCUGCUGGUUUGCCAGUAAAACAGUUGGGUACAGUAGUUCGGACUGGAUCAGAGCAGACUGCAGGAGUGGCGCUUCCUGGCUCCCUUGCAAGCCUGCGAAUGCCUGCAGCACGUGCUUCAUCUGUCUCAUUGCCUCAGAAAGUACGACCUCGUGAACCGGUGCAAACUACACAGUGUCUCGCUUCAGUUAUACUACCGGCACAGUCGCAGACACAAAAGCAACCUCAGACGACCAACAUCCUUCCAGCUGUGCUGAAUCCUAAUGCAAGUGGCGUCCAGCAGAGACCUGUCACAACUACAACUGUUCAACAAGGUGUGACGCCUCAACUUGCUACGCUCCCUUCAGGCCUUACUGGACAUCUCGUUCAAAUUGGUCAACAGACAUAUCUUGUCCCUCAAAACCUAACAACAGUCCGUCCACCUGGUGUUCAUCUGGCUGUUCCUCAGUAUAUUGGGAAUCCAAAUAUUGCAAAUAACAGUGUUGUCGCUUCAGAUCUCGGGCAGUUUAAACAAGUAAAUAAAAACAUUAAAUUAAAAAAGUAA